AUGUGGAGGAUGACAAUUCUUAUGGUGAAUAUAAGGACGAGGAGAACGGGACAACCAACAACUAUUCGAGUAGUUAUUCAAACGAUGCAGACGUUUCUUCAUCUUAUAACGAAGUGGAGGGAGGCUCUUUCUAUUUUACUCGUAGCUGGAUCAAUCUUCUUGGCAGAAUCUGUUUCUUAUUCGUCUUAUUCAGAGGAAAGCAAUGUCAGCUUCUCUACAUCCUCUGCCUCAACAUCCUUCUCGCUUGUUGGUAAAACUGUUCGUGUUGUUUCCUUCAAACAGUCAAAUAUGCGACUUAAUCCUGAGAAUAUUCAAGAGUCUAAUGUAACCGAGGUGCCAAGAUCUUCACAACACAAAGACGAGUCGUCUUCACAAGAUGAGUAUUUUAUGGCAACAAACGAACUGUCGUCCAAUUCGUCGGAAAUGUAUUUCUCUGAUGCAGUCUCUGAAGAAAAGGUGCCCAGACUGAUGCCAGAAUACAACCUAUACAGUACGCAGCAAGAAUUCCGAAAUUGUGCCGUUGAAGCUUGCAAUAUGAACACAUUUCUACAACUGAUUGAAUGUUCAUUUCCUCAAGAAUGCUCCGAACAGAUUCUAAACAACUUAUUCUUCGAUUAUCAUCAACUUGAUGUCAAAAAAUGUGGGAGGAUUCAACUCUUGUUGUUAGAUGGAAAAGUGAUGGUAUUUUUUUGUAUUUUUCUUUCAUUUUUUAAAAAUGUAAGGCAUUUUGUGACCAUUUAUUUUUAG